AUGGCUAGUAGGGCAGCGCAGAAGCGCGUGCGUAUUCGCACCCCGCUGAUAGGUCUUCCGGGAGAGCAUUUGGCUAAUGAUUGUUUUCGGCCUUCACAGUUGACGCGCGAGUAUAAGAGCAUCUCCGAAAACCCCCCACCGUACAUCACGGCACACCCCUCGGAAACAAACAUAUUAGAAUGGCACUAUAUCAUCACGGGCCCCGAGAACACACCUUACCACAAGGGUCAGUACUGGGGCACGCUCAUCUUCCCUCCGAACUACCCCUUCGCGCCGCCGGCGAUCCGAAUGCACACCCCUUCCGGUAGAUUCCAGCCGUCCACCCGCCUGUGCCUCUCGAUAUCCGACUUUCACCCUCGAUCGUUCAACCCAGCCUGGGAGGUGUCAACAAUCCUCAUCGGCCUGCUUUCAUUCAUGACAUCCGAGGAAAUGACGACGGGCUCGGUGUCGGCCAGCCAAGCAGAACGAAAGUUUCUUGCGGCGCGUUCACGGUGGUGGAACUCGACGGGCGGCGGGUCGCACCUCAAGGCCGAGAAAGGCGCGGGCAAGGGGAACAUCAAGGCUGGUGAUGGCGGGGCCAAGUUCAAGUCAGAAUGGCCCGAAAUAGACCAGGAGAACUGGAAGUGGAUGCAAGAGAACGAUAUCGACACGGCAACAGGGAACAAGGCGGCCGAGAAUGGCGGACCUUCAUGCGUACCCCAGCUUGGCAUUCCCGCGUCUAGUGGCCACCAGGCCCACGUCGUCGUGGAUGCGGUGAUUCAACAGAGGGACGCUGGGCGGGGCUGGUUGUUCCAGAACAAACUCUUGCUGAUCGGCGGGGCUAUAUUCAUUCGAGUUGGGGUCACGGUGAGGACACGGCUAAGAGCUCCCCAGGACGAGUGGCUAUAUACUGCUAUCUGA